AUGUCGCGCGAUAUCAGGCUUAAGGCACUGCAGAAGAUCGCUGCAUUGUCUGCCGCCAGCUCGACUACCUCUUUCGACAGAUCUGAUCUCGACAGAUUAUGCAAGGCGUGCCCCCCGCAUGGCAGAAGCUCUAAUGGCUAUUCUUCUAGUCAGGCUGUCGCUAUUGGACGGGUGCCAAUGACAAUCCGCGAAUUCGAAGUCCUUCUCGCCCUCUGCAAAGCCGCCCCGUCAAUCAAAACCAGCCAAAGUGCUCAGAAGCUGGCCAACCAACUUGUCCCCUAUAUACUCGAAGCUCACGUUCAGGCAUUUGUUCACUCGCCAUUCUUCAAGAAAAUCGAUCCCUCUCCUACUGAGGCCUUGGCAUUUCAUGUCACCGCAGCCCUGCUGUCUCUCGGCACAAAUUACGAUGCACUGGAGGAGGUAGUCUCGGACAGUCUCUGGGCGUUCAUUAAUUCUUGCAGUCAUGCUGCUGAAAACAUCGUACCUACGUCUGCGGAUCCUCCCGAAGGCCCAACUUUGGACAACGCCAUCCAGACGGCCACGAUUGCAAUCUCUUUGUUGGGUUUCCUGGAAGCUGCUGCAGCUCAGGCCGACUUCUGGCGUGCUGGAGGCAGACUAGCCUUGAUCCAAAGAGUAAAGGAACUCCUGUCUGAACCGUUCCUCAUCGCAGCUGAAACGGCCUUUUCCACGAUCCGCAAUGCGCACUCGCCAGAUCGCCACACGAAGGAGUGGAAGCGCACUCUUCGCCACUAUUCUGUCAUUGGCCGACCACUUGGCGCGAUGCUUCUGCAGAGGAGUUUCAUGUGGCUUCUUGUGGCUGCUACCUCACUUCUGACUACCGAUGCCACUACACUGAGAAGCACGCAUGUCCUUGAUGUCCACAUGUCGGGCACCAAGCAGCCCGAGCUUUCGCUUGCUGCCGAUGUCGAUAUACGAUCCCUGGACUGUUAUGCGAAUAUGGCAUUGAACCAGAUGGAUUACCUCGAAGCAAGUGCCGAUUUUGUGAGACUCGGAUCCGUGGGCGAGCAAGAGCUGGCUUUUGCUGUAAAAUCCGCUGCCCUGAUCAGCUAUCUCAAUUGCUCGCUUAUUAACGAAGACGUCGCCGAUUCUGACAAUAUUAUGUCUUGGCUUGAGGAGGCACUCGCCGACCCGCUCCAGAUGGCCGAUGAAACCUUGGCUUCGGUCGUGCUUCGGGCAAUGGCCAUUACAUGCAGAAUCACGCCAAGCUACGCCAAUACUGUCAGUCGUCUGCUGCCACGCUUCAUCGUACAGACGGCGCCUGAUUCUAAGACUGUCACCAUUGCGUCUAAGAGUUUGGCAUUUGUGCUUCGGAAGCUGUCACAGGAUGCCGUCAUCACAACACUCUACACCCUGGGUAAUGUUUUGAGCCCCGGCUCAGAUCGUGCGAUUGCCAACGGUACAAUGAACGACUUGAGCCAGGACGGCCCAACAUCCGUUUAUGCGGGACGGCAUUCCAUGGGAAGCAGUAUAUCUCUUCAAAUUACUGGUGAAGAAGAAACCGCCGUUGUCUGGGGCAAUGUGGUUCAAGCCGUCUGCGGCAUUGCGGCUGCAUGCAACGACCAAAAGAUCACCGCUCUCGCUCAGUCCAUGCUCUUACAGAAGAUCGACAAGAUCAGCCCUCGUGUCGAUGCUCAAAUCAUCAUUGGCGCCGCGGCACUGGCAUUGAAGGGGGGUCAACUUGAGUUCCGCUCUUUGUUGAAAAUGUACUCGAGAAUCUCCCACCUUGGAGUCUCCAGCGAUAAGGGCUUCCUCCUGGAUGCUGUCAUGAAAGCUCGGGUGCAUCUUUCUACCCACCUCCGACGUGGAUCGCCAUUGUAUGACAUAUACUGGGAACACCUCUUGGAAAGCGUCAUCUCCAUUGGCGAUGUGCACAAAUCGCAAACGAAAGAUGCCGACCUUCAACUUGCGGCACAGGAGAUCGCGCAGCUACUGCGACCUCUCGCAGUCAUUAUGUCUGCAAACGAUCUCGCAUUCAAUAAUGCCACUGAUGAUGAGUCCCAUACUUUGAUCAGAGAUGCGUGGUUUAACCUUGUUGUCCAUGGAUUCACCGUUCAAUCAGACCUCGGAAUCCAGUACCAAGACGAACUGCGACUCAUGGCCAUCCACUCUCCGCCACUUGUUGCUGAACAGAGAGGAGAGCAGAUCGAGAGUGACAUUGAGCUAAACACUGUGCUACGCCGUGGCAUGAGCUCAGAGCGGGAGACAGCGAAGAGGAAGCAUCUGAGUGACUUGGUGCCCUUAAAGGAUCAGGAGAUCAAGGGCCUUAGCUAUCGGAAGGUCAUUUUCUUGCAGUCGGCGUACCUAGUGGAGAGCCUUCGAGCAGACUCUGGCGACUGCACGAAGGUACUCUCUUAUUUCCUGGAGCCCAGCAUGCGCCGCGGGGACGUCAGCAGCACGAUGGAGGGUAUUGCUACUGCGGUGCUUGAAAAGUUUCUACGGAAGACCCUCGGGGGCCAAGACUCGAGCUUUUCGGCGCCCUUUGCGGCAUCACAACUCGCCGCGGUACUUUGCAAUUGCUGUCACAGGAUCGAGCGUGUGCAGCAAGCGGCAUUUACUUACGCUGAUCGUAUCAUCAGAGAUGUUCCUUCAGCGCUUUGUCACCGAACCUCACUCUUUGCUCUGUUGGAGCUCCUUUCCCUCAUGUGGACCAGCUGUCUUGAGGCCGAAACAGACCUGUACGCCCCCCGCUCCUGUUUUACUUCGACACUUGGCGGCGUGUCCGUCGAGGUCUCCGAUGACUAUGACUUCCGCCGUAAGACACUCGACAAUCUGCACCGCAGGGCCAAGGCUUGGGUUUCGGGAGUCAUUGGCCUUGCCCCAUUGGACGUAAAGGGCCAACUCCAGACAUACCUGUCAGAAUUCAAUGACGAGGGCGCAUACGGCCACAUUUCCUUAGGUCGCUCUUUUGCACUUGAAAUGUCCUCCGUCAUUCCCUCCACAGACCAAAGGUUGCAGUCCUUGGACUUGGUGGGAGCCUGCAACAUCAACACGGCUUCAGACUUUGUCGCACAAUACACGACGCGUCAAGGGUACCGCUACGGAGAAACACUCCCUGAUCGUGGCACUGAACUGGUGAGCUUCAUGCACUUGAACCGUAGGGCCUCCUUUGUGCAGUCCUCAGUGUCGUCCGCCUCAGAGAGCAACAAUGCGGCCACCGCCCUUGCCCAUGUAGAAGCACGGCUUCGGAGCAAGAAGUCGACUCCACUUUCCGAGGUUAGGGAUAUACUUCGACGAGCUGCCGCUUUGCUCUGUCGUAGCAGUCGCGAUGAGUCUGAUGUCGUUCACUACUUGGUCAGCAUUCCAUUUGCUAUGUUUACAAAGGAAUCCACCAAACUCGGUGUUUCACUGUGGCUUGGUGUCAUGAACGAGAAUCCCCGACUCGAGCCCCGUCUUCUUUCUGAGAUUGCCCAGCAGUGGGAGCUUUCCAUUCAGCGAAGGCUCGGGCUCUUCAGUCGAACCGUAACUCAUCCUGACCCCUUCUUCCUGCGCGGGGAAUCGGCGCCAAGCGAUCUCGAAGGCAUUGCCAAACAGAGACACCACGUUCAUAACCUGUUGUCGCCGCACAUGCGCCUGAUGCAGUUUUUCGCCAGCCACUUCAACGCUACGCGCCUUGGCAGCCCCGAUGUCCAGAAGAUCUUCUUGCGAAUUCUCGAUAUCACUCUUGAUGCCAUUCUUACGGCAACACCGCACCCGGUGGCCCGCGAGCUGAGAUAUCAGAUUGUUCUUUUCGGAUUAAAGGUCGUCCGCGUCUGCACAACCAUUGGGGCAGUGGCCCUAGGGCGUCUGAAAGAAAAGUUGCUGUCAGCCGGACUGAGCUGGUUCAGGGCCGCGCCGCGUUGGUCCUUUGGCAGCAACAUCCUCCAGCUGAAGACUGAGCUUCGACUGCUGUCUGAUGUUGUCGUCUCCUUGAAGCAGGUUGAUGCUAUUGGCGCUCAGGCAGGAGGCAACCUCAAGUCCCUCAAGGCUAAGACGCAGCUACUGUUGCUACUUAUUGAAAACGAGCACACCCGACUCUCUGUCUGGGUUCAUCCGCUUGAGCCACACAAAGCACACACCCUGAGCCACGGUGCGCCGAAGACGGCGCUCGAGAACUCUUUGAUUCCUUUGGUCAGAACAGCAUGGGCAGAGGAUCCGUCUAUCGCCAUUGAACUAGUGUCAAGGUUUCAGAUUCCUCGUCUGCAUCAGGAAAUUGGACAAGCGCUUCGCUACGAUGCUCUGGGUUACGUCGAGCGGUAUAUUCUGGAGACUGCAAAGUUCUCUCAACUGUUCGCUCAUCAGAUCAUUUGGAAUAUGAAGGCAAACGCCUACAAGGACGACAGCGGCACCAUUCCUGAUGACAUCAAACCCACCCUAGACACGGUUCAAGAGAAGAUGGUGGCCAACUUCAGUGACGCUGACCGCGACUUUUACCUGCGCGAGUUUGCCUUCUUCGAUGAGGUGACCAGUAUAUCGGGCAAGCUUAAGCCAUUCAUCAGCCGGCCAAAGCCGGAAAAGGCGCAGAAGAUCGAGGAGGAGCUCCGCAAGAUCAAGGUAGACGUGGGCGUGUACUUGCCCAUCAGCUCAGAUGGCGUUGUGAUUGGCAUCGACCGCAAGUCGGGCAAACCCCUGCAGAGCCAUGCCAAGGCACCGUACAUGGCAACUUUCCGUGUCAAGAAAGCAAAGAAGUCCAUUGCCGUUGAUAGCGAAGAAAUGAUCGAAGAGGUCGGCCGGCAAGCUGCUCAACCCCAGGACAACCAGACAGUUGAAGUGUGGCAGUCGGUCAUUUUCAAGGUCGGCGAUGAUUGUCGACAGGACGUUCUCGCGCUGCAGAUGAUCGCCGCAUUCCGAGGCAUUUUCCAAAGCGUGGGCCUCGACGUCUAUGUAUUCCCUAACCGCGUCACAGCGACGGCGCCGGGUUGCGGUGUCAUUGAGGUGCUCCCCAAUUCGGUGUCGCGCGACAUGCUUGGCCGCGAGGCGGUCAACGGCCUGUACGACUACUUCAUCUCCAAGUACGGCAACGAGGACUCACUCCGCUAUCAAAAGGCGCGCACCAACUUCGUCAAGAGCAUGGCGGCCUACUCAGUUAUUUCGUUCCUCCUACAGUUCAAGGACCGCCACAAUGGCAAUAUUAUGAUCGACGACGCCGGCCACAUCCUGCACAUUGAUUUCGGCUUCUGCUUUGACAUUGCGCCUGGCGGCAUCAAAUUUGAACGCGCCCCCUUCAAGCUGACCACAGAGAUGAUGGCCGUCAUGGGCGGCGCCGACCACCAGGCCUUCAAGUGGUUCGAGGAACUGACGGUCAAGUCCUUCCUCGCAAGCCGGCAGUACUGCGAGAAGCUCAGCCAGAUCGUCCUGCUCAUGAUGGACAGCGGGCUGCCGUGCUUCAAGCCGGAGACGGUCAAGCACUUUAGGCAGCGGUUCGUGCUCGAGAAGAGCGAGCGGGAGGCGGCUGAGUUUAUGAAGGACCUCAUCAAGAAGAGCGCCAGCAGCUACUCGACGGGCGUAUACGACCAGUUCCAGCUGCUGACGAACGGAAUUCCCUACUAA